UGUGGCUCGGCGGCCGGGAGAGGCGCCGGAGUGCUGGGCGGAGAGUGGAGACUGCAGUGAUGUGGCCUGGUGGUGGACGAAGAAGCGGACAGGAGCCACGUCGUUGUUGGGUGUCCUCUGCAGGCUCUGCUCGUCAGAUGCAAAAUCAGACCGAAAAGAAUUAAUUUGCGCCUUGUGGAUGCUCGGAAGCCCAUUGGAAGCCCACUACAGAACCGGCUCCCCUCCCGCACAUCGUCUGGACUCUGGAGCUCGGCUCCGACCUCUUAAAAUAAAUGGAGCUGGACUCCGACCGUGCGUGCCUCUCGCCUGCCGUCCCUGUCCUGUCGAUGCCGACGGAGAAAUCGCCCAAGUCCCCAGUUGUUUGUGUACAAAGAGUUCUAAUUUCAAACAAACACAGUGAGGAGCUUGUUGGUUUAUUACAUGAAGCAUGUUCAAAGGAACUUGUGAUCCUUUGUCAUGGAUUCAGAGCUACAAAGGACGGCAGCAUCUUGGUCGAUCUUGCCGCUGCAAUAGCGAAGGAAGAAAUUAAUUCUUUUCGGUUUGAUUUUGCUGGAAAUGGGGAAAGUGAAGGUGAAUUCCAGUGUGGAAACUACCAAAAAGAGGCAGAGGACUUGAGGUCUGUAGUAUCUUACUUAUCAGAACAGAAGUAUGACAUAAUUGCUCUUGUUGGGCAUAGUAAAGGAGGAAAUGCAGUGCUCUUAUAUGCUUCCAUGUACCCUGAUGUUCCUGCCAUUGUGAAUAUUUCUGGCCGCUUUGCAUUAGAGCACGGUAUGGAAGGGCGUCUGGGGAAGAAUUUCAUUCAGAGAAUAAGGAAAGAUGGAUACAUAGACGUCAGGAAUAGAAAAGGGGAGUUUGAGUACCGGGUGACAGAAGAAAGUCUACGAGAUCGGUUGAGCACUGACACCCUUCUUUCCAGCCGCUCCAUAAGCAAAAACUGCAGGGUCCUCACGGUUCAUGGCUCCAAAGAUGAAACGGUCCCAGCGAGGGACGCCCUGAUGUUCGCUGCGAACAUCCCAAACCAUGAGUUGCACAUAGUUGCGGGAGCCAACCAUUGGUACACAGGCCAUGAGCAAGAGCUGACUUCACUUGUGCUGGAUUUCAUCAGGCCCCGUCCUCGAGCCCCGCCCUCCUUGCAUCCAAAGUUGUGAUUACGCGAUCAUUCUGAAGAUUGGUUGAUGUGCUCUUAACUUGGUUUCCUUCAUCCUUGAUGAACCCCUGGCCGGUUUAUAGCUGGUGUGCCGCGCUCUUGAAUUGUAACUAAUUCCAGUAAGGUUUUUAUGUUACAUCUUCCAACAUGAGAAGCUCAAUAUGCUUCAGAAUUAUUAUUUUAUCUAAAUAGAACUGUUUGAAUUCAGGAUUA